GAGAAAUAAAAUAAGAUGGACGAAUUUAUCCUAAAAGGUUCUCCUUGCACUUUCCCAAAAAUUGAUAAAGGCUUUGGGGAAUAUUUUUUUGAACAAGCUGAAAAAAAUGCCGACAAUGUGUUCCAGAUUGAUGGAGAUACUGGCAAACAAGAAACCUAUAAAGAUGUUAAAAGAAGAUCGACAAGAGUGGCUUUGUACCUUCAAAAAAUUGGGCUCAAAUCUAAAGACAUAGUGUUACUAUGUUGCAAAAAUAAUUUGGAUAAUAUCGUUCCAGCUUUGGCAGCCCAAUAUUUAGGUGCUCUCGUAGGUUCAGUCGAUCCCAAACAAACUGUAUCUGACGUGAAACACUGUUUGGAGUUAUUGGAACCAAAGGUUUUGGUUGUUGAAAAAGAUUCAUUGGAUCUGUUAGAGCAAAGCCUUAAGAGCACUAAUCAAAAACCUCACAUCAUUACCAUUGGAUCAACAUAUAAAUACCCAAAUAUGUUAGAAAUCGAAAUGGAAGCACAAGGAGAAGAGAACUUCAAGCCCAUGAAACAAAAAGACUCCGAUAUUGCUGCCAUUGUUUUCAGUAGUGGCACCACGUCAGCACCAAAAGGCAUUUACAUUACAAACUGGAGCUUGCUGAAUAUCGCUGGACCUUUAAUUCAGCAAAACAGUAUAAAAGUUGGUGUUAUCGUACAUUUUGCGUCACUGUAUUGGAUAUCAGCAUGGCUUAUGUCAGGAGUUUGUAUUGUAACCGGUACCGCAAAAGUCAUAGCGCCUGAUGUUAAGGCGGAACGAUUUUUGCAACUUGUUGAUAAAUAUAAGGUAACUCAUAUGUUUACUUCGAAUACCUACACAUACCAGCUGACUAGUCUACCUGAAGAAGUUAUCAAAAAAUACGACACUUCUUCCUUGUACGCAAUAGGAAUUGGUGGUUCAACAAUGGAUCCUAACCAAAUUAUCAGGAUGAGAAAUUAUUUUCCAUAUACGAACGUCGUUUUGGGAUAUGGUUCCUCUGAAGCUAAUUACAUCGCAUGUCACGAUCUUACUAAUCAGAAAGCGGUUAGAGAAAAGAUAUCUUCUAGUGGAUCAGUGUUGCCUGAUGUACAAAUAAAACUAAUUGAUUUAAAUGGUACAGAAAAGCCUGUUGGUCCCAACCAAGAAGGAGAAAUUCACAUUAAAUCAAAUUUUAUCAUGAGCGGCUAUCACAAAUACUCAAAACCAGAUAUUUACGAUAAAGACGGUUUCCUGAAAUCCGGCGACGUUGGCUACUACGACCAAGAUGGCUACCUUUACGUCACCGAUCGUAUAAGCGAAAUGUUCAAAUACAAAACCAAUCAAAUAUCGCCAACAGUAUUGGAUAACAUUAUCGCGCAGCAUCCAGCAGUUAAAGAAGCUUUAGCUUUCGGAGUGCCACAUUUUGUGGACAGGAACCAUGCAGCGGCUUGCGUAGUGAUCAAAGCAAAUGCCAAAGUUACUCCGACGGAAUUGGAAGAAUUUGUUAACAAGCAAGUUUCGGAUGCCUAUAAGCUGAGAGGGGGCGUGAUGAUUUUGGAAAGUUUGCCCAAAUCUGCUACAGGGAAAUAUUUGAGGAGGACUGCUAGAGAUUUGUUUAUUAAAUUCAAAAAUGAUAUAGAAAAUAAUAAUACAUACAACAUUUAACUUUUUCUUUGAAUGAUACAAUUAUUCUAAUAAAGGAAGACGUGAAAUGCUAUAACUGAA